UAUCCGCUGAAAGCUCUUGUCUUGUAGCUAGAAUUUUAGCACUUAUAUUCUCAUAUAUAUAUGUGUGCGCUAGCUUGUGUUUGUGUAGUGAGAGACAAAGUUUCGUGUGUCCUAAACUAUCCCAGAUUCAAUUCAAAUUAAACGUCUACUGAGAAAGCUCAGUACUAUCUCAAACAUGAAGCAAAAGAUUGUUAUUCAGAUGCAUCUGACUUGCGAGAAAUGCAGAUCGAAGGCAAUGAAGGUUGCUUCUGUAGCAUAUGGUGUGAGCUCAGUGGCAAUAGAAGGGGAAGAUAAGAGCCAAGUCGUGGUGGUCGGAGAUGGAGUGGACGCGGUUAAGUUGACGAGCUCAUUGAGGAAGAAGGUUGGUUGUGCGAGCUUGAUAAGCGUGGAAAAAGUGAAACCCAAAGUUGAUACAGGGAAGGAUAAAGUUACAAUAGUUCCAUGCCAAACAAGUUGCUAUCAAAAUCCACAAGUUUAUGUGUGUGAAAGUGUUUCUGAUCAAUAUUCAUCUGGUUGCUCCAUCAUGUGAUCGUUAAGAAAUUACUGACCUUGUAUGGUUUUAUGAGAUAUUGUAACCAUUUUUGUUGAAGUUUGUUGGAACUUGUUUGAUUUAAGAUUUUUGUAUCGUAUGUAUGUACAUGUGUUAUGAAUAUGAUUAAU